GAUAAUGAGAAUAGAACAGUCAAUUUGAUUAGGCGGGCAAGCAAAGAUGCAAGUGCUACGGUGGAUCUUCAUGCUCGUAACAUUGUGCGGUUGCCGGCGACCAGCUUCAUGGAACUCGACACCUUGGAGGUUCCUCUACAAUGUGUACACGGUGGUGUGCUUCGUGAACAUACAUCUCGCCCUUUUCGGUGGAAUCCUGGACCUCGCUCUCACGGUUGACAACCAGGACGAUCUCAGCGAGAAUUUGUACAAAACUACUGCAUUGGCUGUCGAUUGUUAUAAAUUGGCCAGCAUGAUGGCUAUGAGGAAGAACAUCGGCAUUAUGGUGGAGACCCUUGAAUCGGAGCCGUUCGCACCUGUGGGCGACGAGGAGCUGGAAAUUCGGACGCAGUUUGACAAAUCGGCCGAACGGACAGCGAAAGCCUACACAGCUGGAUUGGAGGUUUGGGGGAUUUGGGCGGUGGUGGUGUCGCUGUUCGUGAAUUUCGCGAGCAGGAAGUUGCUAUAUCGAACCUGGUUGCCCUUCGACCAUACGCCGGCAAUGAUGUACUGUUUGGUCUACCUGCACCACACGAUAGUGAACAUCGUCUGCCUUACGUCGACGGCCGCUUACGAUAGUCUAUACGCCGGGCUGCUCGUUCACAUAUACUCUCAAUUCGAGAUACUCCGGCACCGUUUGCAUAACAUUCACAGGAACGAGAACGAUCUGGUGAAACAUUGUGCCCAUCAUCAUGACCAGAUCUACAAGUUCGCCAGCAUGGUGAACGACGAGUUCAAAUCUGUGACGUUCGUGCAGUUUCUCGUGAGCACCGCCAUCCUGUGCUUCGACCUCUAUCAGCUGACGCAGACGGAACUUGACACUGACCUUGCAGACACUGUCCUGUACGCUUCGUGCACACUUAUGCAGAUUUUCUACUUCUGUUGGUUCGGGAACGAGGUCAAGCUGAAGAGCCUCGAGGUGCCCGACAUGAUUUUCGAAAGCGAAUGGACGUCGCUGAGCGACAAGACGAAGAAGAUCCUGCUGCUGAUGAUGAGACGCGGUAUGGUGCCCAUAGAAUUUACCAGCCUCCACAUCGUCUCUGUCAAUCUCGAGACAUUCAAGGUGAUGGUCAAGACGUCAUACUCGUCGAGCAGUACGUUGAUGUACUACGAGAAGUAUACGCAGUAA